CUUACAACAACAUAUCACAAACUCGUUUAUUUUCAAACUAGGGUUUCGAGUUCUCUGAAUCAGGUUUCGAUCGUUUGACAUCUUUGGAUAAAGUGUUUUCUGGUAUUAGGAGAAUAAAAACUUCAGAUCGUGAUCAACAUUCCUAUACAUAAGAGCGUGAAUGAUAUUAUGAUGGAAUCGAAAGCUGGUAAUAACAAGUCUAAAAGUUCCUUAUUUUACGAAGCUCCCCUCGGUUACAGCAUUGAAGACGUUCGUCCCUUUGGUGGAAUCAAGAAAUUCAAAUCUUCUGUCUACUCUAACGUUAAAAUUGUUCUCUCACAACAACAAAGCGAGAAGACAAUGUCAGUCUCCACAAUAGGAUUCGAAGGCUACGAGAAGCGCCUUGAAGUAACCUUCUUUGAGCCAAGUAUCUUCCUCGACACGCAAGGGUUAGGGCUCCGUGCCCUAGCCAAGUCUCAGAUCGAUGAGAUCCUCCAACCAGCUGAGUGCACCAUCGUUUCAUAUCUCUCCAACGAUCAGCUCGACUCUUACGUCCUCUCCGAGUCCAGCGUCUUCAUCUUCCCUUACAAGAUCAUCAUCAAAACUUGUGGAACUACAAAGCUCCUCCUCUCUAUCGAACCACUCUUGAGGUUAGCCGGAGAGCUCUCUCUUGACGUCGACUCCAUGAGGUACACUCGUGGAAGCUUCCUUUGCCCUGGAGGGCAGCCUUUCCCUCACCGUAACUUCUCUGAAGAAGUUUCUGUCCUCGAUGGUCACUUUAGCAAGCUAGGUUUGAGCAGUGUCGCCUACUUGAUGGGAAAGGAUGAUGAAACCAAGAAAUGGCACGUGUACUCUGCUUCUUCUGGUGCCAAGAAGAACAACAAGAGCAAUGUAUACACGUUAGAGAUGUGUAUGACUGGUUUGGACAAAGACAAGGCAUCUGUGUUCUACAAGAACGAAUCAAGUUCCAUGACUGAUAACUCUGGCAUCAGAAAGAUACUUCCUCAAUCCCAAAUCUGCGACUUUGAGUUUGAGCCAUGCGGCUACUCUAUGAACAGCGUUGAAGGUGGCGCUAUCUCUACUAUCCAUGUGACACCUGAAGACGGGUUUAGCUACGCUAGCUUUGAGGCAGUGGGGUAUGAUUUCACAACCAUGGACUUGAGCCUUCUAGUCUCAAGGGUUUUAACAUGUUUUGAGCCAAAGCAAUUCUCAGUAGCGAUACACUCUAGCAUCGCACAGAAGAGUUACUACAAGGGUCUAUGUGUAGAGCUAGACGAUUAUGGAUGUAGAGAGACGACUAUGGAGUCUCUAGGUGAAGAGAGAGGUACGGUGAUGUAUCAGAGGUUUGAGAAGCUGGGAAGGUAUUGUGGUUCUCCGAGAUCUACGUUGAAGUGUGAGUGGAGCAGCAACAGUAGCUGCACUAGCGAGGACGAGAAGGAAGAGGGAGCCUAAGCUUUUUUUUUGUUUCGUUUUGUCCAAUAAAUGUCCAAUAAAUGUCUCAUAUGUGUUUGUUUAAUUUCUUCCUUAACCCAGUAAGUGUGUCUGGUCUAUGUGAAUUCGUAUGAUCAAAUAUUAUGAAAUAUCUACCA